CGUUGCUCUCAGAAAGUUCCUUAAUCACACUUAAACUAAUCCUUUCGAUUAAUUUUUAGGCUCACUUAGGCGCUUUCUAAGAAACUUUGUGCAUACUGGCACAGGCACCUUGCAAGGCAGCUAAGGGUCCUUCGUAGGAUCACAGCACCAUCCGGGGAUUUGUUGUUGUUGUUGUUGAACAGCUCGUAUAUGUUGGUCUGGAAUUGGUAAUAAAAGGCAUCCGUGAAGAACAUCUUCCCCCUGAGCAGCAGGCGAGGAACUCCACGAUGGACCACUUUAAGAAAGAAGAGGAGGAUAUGGAUCCACAACCCUUCGUCAUUAAAGAGGAAGAGGGAGAGCCCCAGCUCCCCUACAUUAAAGAGGAAGAGGAGGAUCACCGCAUCAGUCAGGAGGGAGAACAUCCUAAAGGACUGGAUGAGUUCCCAGUGAUUGUCGUGACUGUGAAGAGUGAAGAUAAUGAAGAUCAAAGUGAGGAGACGAGAGAGGCAGAGCCUUCGAGCAGCAGCUGGACUCAACACAUAACAGAAGCUGAUGGAGAUCGCUGUGAAGGAUCACAUGCACACAACCUCUUACCUCCGCGAUCAGAUAGCGACGAGGCGACAUCACACUCUCAUGACACGGAUGAUGACGAUGCCGAAGCUGAUAUGACACGUCACACUGGCACACAAUUAUCUCAGCACGUACAUUUGAUAGAAGACACACAAGUGCAAACUGUAGAGAAACCUUUUCCUUGCACGCUGUGUGGUAAAAGGUUCUCUCGGCGGUCAAAUUUGAACAAACACACAAAAAUACACACUGGAGAGAAACCGUUUCCUUGCAUGCUGUGUGGUAAAAGAUUCUCUCAGCGGUCACAUCUGAAAGAACACACAAUCAUACACACUGAAGAGAAACCUUUUUCUUGUACGGUGUGCGCGAGAAGUUUUAAAAGAAAAAGUGAUUUAACAACACACACUAGAACACACACUGGAGAGAAACCUUUUCUCUGCACGCUGUGUGGGAAAAGAUUCUCUCAUCUCUUACAUUUCAAAGAACACACAAGAAUACACACUGGAGAGAAACCUUUUCCUUGCACGGUGUGCGGUAAAAGAUUCUCUCAGCGCGUACAUUUGAAAGAACACACAACAAUACACACCGGAGAGAAACCUUUUCCUUGCACAGUGUGUGGGAGAGGAUUUAAUCGAAAAAGUGAUUUGAAAAUACACACAACAACACACACCGGAGAGAAACCUUUUCCCUGCACGGUGUGUGGGAAAAGUUUCUCUCGGAACAUAUAUUUAAUAAAACACACAAGAACUCACACUGGAGAGAAACCUUUUUCUUGCAUGCUGUGUGGGAAAAGAUUCUCUUAUCAGUCACAUUUGAAAGAACACACAAAAAUACACACUGGAGAGAAACCUUUUCCUUGCGUGCUGUGUGGUAAAAGAUUCUCUCAGCAGGUCAAGUUGAAAGAACACACAACAAUACACUCGGGAGAGAAACCUUUUCCUUGCACGGUGUGUGAGAGAGGAUUUAGCCGGAAAAGUGACUUAAAAGUACACUCUAUGAUGCACACUGGAGAGAAACCUUUUCCCUGCACGCUGUGCGGUAAACAUUUCCCUCGGAAGAUGUCUCUAAUAAGACACACAAGAAUACACAGUCGAGAAAAAAACUUUUCUUGUUCAAAGUGCGGUCAGCGAUUCACAAAUAAUCCAAGCUUGACGAAACACAUUGUAAGAAAACACAGCGGGGAGUAACUUUUUGAAAGGAUGCAUCCAGUUGGAUUUCAAUUGUUUGCCCAAUGGUAAGUCAGCGAGUAUUAGCUCAAAAUACAGUUAUUACAUAUAAGAAAAUGUGUGGAUAGUAGAUUGUUUAUCUUUUCUGUUUAGCUAUUGGCUAUUUUGUGCUUUUUGUAUAUUUCUGCUCCUGUAACAUUUAAAUGUGUGGGUUAAAUAAAGUACAAUGUAAUGUAAUAUUAAUAAUAUUAGUCAGGAAGGUUUGUGUGCCUCACCGACUCUCUGAGCUAUAACAGUAGGAGCUGAGUCUUCUGGUGAGACACCCAAGUUGGACAGUUCUGAGGGUACACUUCUCUGCAUAUUCUAGGCCAGGUAGAGCAGCUUCAACCAUCUCUGCAGGGGUCCGCCACUUUCUCCCUAACAUCAGCUAACCAGGCUAGCACUGGGUGGAUUCCUGAACAGCUGACCUGCAGGAUGUUUUUGUUGCUUUUGGAGUCACAGAAGCCAUUUAUGCGUCCCACUAUGCACUAAUGCUGUAUAUUCAACUUAAAGUGUUGGGAAGUGUUUUGUGUUUUUGUCUUUCCCGUUAACAGCAUGCCACAGAAGCGGAGGAAGCUGGAGCUUGCUGAUCCACAGAUCGGCCAGACCGGCGCAAAGAGGAUUUGGAGCGGCUCAUUGAGAACAGGGAAGCGACCAAUUCAUGCAGCUGCUCCGAGGAACGCCAGCAUACUGGGAGAAAGCUCAGCAGGAGCUCCACGCGAUGGCCAGGCAGUUGGGUAAGCCGACAUUUUAUUUAUUUAUUUAUUAUUUAUUUAUUUCUGCGGCUGAAAUGAGAUGGCCAGAAGUCACCGCCCUUUUGCGCCACCCAGAUACUAGAAAUACUAGAGAAAGUGAUCAUAUUUAUCUGUAAUGUACAGACUGAACUUGAAACCGAAACUAGAAAAAUGCAAGAAGUAAAAGAAGAAGAACAUGUUGAGUACCAUCAAUUUGUACAUGUUGGGGGGGUCGGUAUUAAAAUGAAAACCUCUCCCCCAAAUAUUUGACAAGCACUGUUGUAAAGUACUUUUUCUUCCUGGGCCUUUCGUGCUGUGUGCGGGAUGAAAUGCCCCCUAAAAAGGCGCUUCAUGAAAACAGGGCAGCACAUCUCAUCUGGCAGUGACGUCGACGUAAUACGCUCAGCACUCAAUGCUGGAUCUCUUCCUGUUUCCUUUGCUACGGUAUUGCUCUGAGGUCAUAUUUCUUAUGAUUCUGGAAGAACACUAUCAUGCGAGAUUUUAUAAUAUUUGCCACAAAGCAGAAGCACACACACACAACAAGACAUUUCUUGACAAGGUGGCCAUUUUAUAAUCAGUCAAUUUUGAGUGCACAUAGAAGAUGAGACACAUUCUUGAUGCUGAUAGGUUUCUUUAUUUGGAAGAGAGAUCAUCUUUUGAGUUCCAAAUCAACAAAAGAAAACCAUUAUUUAAGUUGAUACGAUGAUCAGAGUGAUGUCUACUUCUUGUAACAGCUCGACUCUCUGAGGCAAACGAAUGGAAGCUCUGAACCGCAUGACUGGGGAGUCCAUAAAGCUGGAAAAGAAAGAAAAAGUUAUCAAGAGCAGUUCCGAUCUUCGGACAUGAGGUUGUACGGCAUCAACAGUGACUUUUCCCUUACUUGGUCCUGUGAGCAGAGUUCUGGUCAGAAGAAAAUAACACCUAACCAACAAGCCAGAACUACUUUCUUGAGCACCACAAACUGACCAGAACGCAGGACAAAGAGGGGGGGGUAAGUCACCGUUGAUGAGCUACGCUGCCGAUGGGGAUGCCAUACAACUUCAUGUAGAAAAAUCCAAACUAUCCCUUUAAGAAUGACAUUACGUUCAAUAUCAAGUGCAUUGCUUUGCUGAUCAGACCCGUACCAGUUGACAUCACCGCACAACUCGCUCCAGGAGAGAAUUGGCCGGAGAUGAGGUUAAAAUCAAAGACUGUGCCAUCAGUCCAAAAAAGCAUUUCAUCCUGCAAGACAAAGCCACAUUCCAAUGAGUCCUAAAAGUAACGACUGCAUACAAUUUCAUCCACUUCCAGUAAAUAAUUGUAUUAAUUAGACAGCUUUGGCGCUGGUAAAUGUUUCACCUCAAAGGCAUUAUGGAGUCCAAUCCAGGCUGGCACUGAUUGCCCUAACCGGGCCACAGCAAAAACGACAAAAUUUUCCACGUCGUCUCUGAUUGACGCCAGAUUCCCACCAAUGAUGUUGCAGAUGCUCUGAUGGGAGAAACAGAAUGAAAGUCAUGAUAUCAUUCAUUUAAAUCCAUCAGAUAGUUGGUAAGAUUUCCACUUUUGACAAACACUACGUCCACAUGCAACCCAGGAUCUUUUGGAUGUAGUCUUAAAUCCGAUCUGUAUAUCCAUCAUCACAAUCAAUCACCAAAACAAAGAGCCCCGCCUGCUUCACAUGUUCGGUAUGGGAGUCGAGAAAGCUGACGGUUCGGCCAAAAGCCCAGACUGUCAGCCUGAGUGAGGUUUACCAACGUACACCAAACUCUUUACUUACGUAACCCCAAUAACUAAUAACCCGAUAACUACGUUUCUCAUCACCAAAAUCCCACCACAACUGGGCUGUGACGGGACCAAGUGUGGAGUAAGUCACCGUUGAUACAAUCCAACCCACGCAAAAUAAUUUGGUUAAGAAAAUUCUUGACUCCUCGAAAUCACCGGGAUUGAGACCACAAACUGGGGUCAUACUAUAACUGGGACUUACAUCGCAACUACUGUGUGAAAUACUACUCGCCAAUAAAAAAAACUACCAUACCUCUGCAUCUGAAAAAUUUCUGUGGUCAGUCUGGAGGAUGUAACAGCGAUCAUUCACCUGAGUCCAGCCUUCAGGACAGCAAACACCUACAACACAAUUGUUAUUUUAGGUGGGAAAUUUUUUUAAAAUUGUUACAUUGACAAAGUGUCACUGACAGCUACCAACCAUUGUCCUUCAUGAGAGGCCAAGCCCACUAUAAAGAGGGGGAAAAACACAGUGACAAAUAAGCAGCAGCAAUAAUUGAAACAGAAUAUCAAGCUGAGAUUUGGACCUACAACUCCAGUCAACAUUCCACUGAUCCCACAAAGCAGGAAGAACACACGAAGGGCAAAUGCCAUCUGUGCAAUACAAACAAAUAUCCUCAUGUUAAAUACAAUAUAUCACAUCAAACGGCUAGAAAAGUAGAAUGUUACGUUUUGUCGUCUUACCUUUGCAGCGGUGAUGCUUGAUGCUGAGGAAACGAAAGAGGUCUCCUUUUAUAUACCAACUUGACGCAACCCUGGAAUGUUCUAUACCUUCUUU